AUGGUUUGCCUGGAUCUGUUACUCAGCAUUUGCUUAGCAGCAGAGAAGAGGUGCAGACAGAGCACUCCUGACCUUCCCAUUGAUCCUUGCCUGGAUACCACAGUUGUGACAUGCCAUAUUAAGUCUCUGUCUGUUUUCCCCUACAGUGAUCUCAGUAUGAACAACAUUACUAAGCUGCCCUCGAACCCCGUGCACAAUCUCCGUUUCCUGGAAGAGCUACGUCUUGCAGGAAAUGGCUUGACAUACAUUCCUAAGGGAGCAUUUGCUGGCCUUUUCAGUCUUAAAGUGCUAAUGCUGCAGAAUAACCAACUACGCCAGGUUCCUACUGAAGCACUCCAGAACUUGCGCAGCCUGCAGUCUCUACGCCUGGAUGCCAACCACAUCAACUAUGUGCCCCCCAACUGCUUCAAUGGCUUGGUUUCCCUUAGACACCUGUGGCUAGACGAUAAUUCCUUGACAGAAAUACCCAUCCAAGCUUUUAGGAGCUUACCAGCACUUCAGGCAAUGACACUGGCACUGAAUAAAAUUCAUUAUAUACCAGACUAUGCUUUUGGAAACCUCUCGAGUUUGGUAGUUCUACAUCUCCAUAACAAUAGAAUCUACUCCCUGGGAAAGAAAUGCUUUGAUGGGCUCCACAGCCUAGAGACUUUAGAUUUAAAUUACAACAGUCUGGACGAGUUCCCCACUGCUAUCAAGACACUAACAAACCUAAAAGAACUAGGAUUUCAUAGCAACAACAUCAAGUCGAUACCUGAGCGUGCAUUUGUAGGUAAUCCAUCACUUAUUACAAUACAUUUUUAUGAUAACCCUAUCCAGCUUGUUGGAAAAUCUGCUUUUCAAAACUUACCAGAACUCAGAACUCUGACUUUAAAUGGUGCCUCACAGAUAACAGAGUUUCCUGAUCUGACUGGGACUACAAGUCUGGAGAGUUUGACACUCACAGGAGCACAGAUCACCACUCUCCCCAGAUCAGCUUGUGACCAGUUGCCUAAUCUCCAAGUGCUAGAUCUGUCUUAUAAUCUUCUGGAAGAUUUACCCUGUUUUACUGCAUGUAAAAAGCUACAAAAAAUUGACUUGCAUCAUAAUGAAAUUGAUGAAAUCAAAGCAGACACUUUCCGGCAGCUGGCUUCUCUUCGUUCUCUGGAUUUAGCUUGGAACAAAAUUAAAAUUAUUCACCCCAAUGCCUUCUCCUCUUUACCAUCUCUGAUCAAACUGGAUGUGUCAUCCAACCUUUUGUCCUCUUUUCCUGUGACGGGGCUACAUGGUCUAACUCAUUUAAAAUUAACAGGAAAUCAUGCACUACAAAGUUUGAUAUCAUCUGACAAUUUUCCUGAACUCAAGGUCAUGGAAAUGCCGUAUGCUUAUCAGUGCUGUGCCUUUGGAGCUUGUGAGAGCCACUACAAAAUCUCCAGCCAAUGGAACAAAGAUGAGAAUAGCAGCACUGAUGAUUUUUCCAGGAAGGAUAUUGGGUUGUUACAAAUUCAAGAUGAGCGUGACUUUGAAGAUUUUCUUCUCGACUUUGAAGAAGAUUUGAAAGCUCAUCAUUCGGUGCAGUGUUCACCUGCUCCAGGUCCCUUCAAACCAUGUGAUCAUCUGUUUGGUAGCUGGCUUAUCAGAAUUGGAGUAUGGACCAUCGUCGGUUUGACCUUCGUUUGCAAUGCACUGGUGACAGCUACAGUUUUCAGAUCGCUGUUGUAUAUGUCCUCCAUAAAGCUUUUGAUUGGUCUAAUAGGUAUUGUAAAUGCCUUGAUGGGUCUUUCCAGUGGAGUACUGGCUAGUGUGGAUGCAUCGACUUUUGGUAGCUUUGCUCAGUACGGAGCACAGUGGGAAAGUGGAAUUGGUUGCCAAAUGACUGGUCUUCUCUCCAUUUUUGCUUCAGAAGCUUCCAUUUUCCUCCUUACCCUAGCUGCGCUUGAGCGUGCAUUCUCUAUAAAGCAUGCUACAAAGUUUGAAACAAAAUCCUCUAUUGCCAGUGUAAAAAUUGCCAUUUUCUUUUGCUUUAUGUUGGCACUAGUCAUUGCAGUGAUACCUCUCCUCACUGGGAGUGAGUAUGGGGUUUCUCCACUUUGUUUGCCAUUACCAUUUGGAGAACCCACUGCUAUGGGCUACAUGGUAGCACUAGUAUUGCUGAACUCACUUUGCUUCCUGGUAAUGACUAUUGCUUAUACAAAGCUCUACUGCAGUUUAGAAAAGGGAGAACUAGACAAUAUUUGGGAUUGCUCUAUGGUCAAACAUAUAGCCUUGCUGCUUUUUACUAAUUGCAUUCUUUAUUGUCCUGUGGCCUUCUUAUCUUUUUCCUCCUUACUAAAUCUUACCUUUAUCAGCCCAGAAGUGAUAAAGUCCAUACUGCUGGUGAUUGUCCCACUGCCUGCAUGUCUAAACCCACUCCUUUAUAUAUUGUUCAAUCCACACUUCAAGGAGGACUUGGGAAGUUUGCGAAAGCAAACUUUGUUAUGGAGGAGGUCAAAACAUGCUAGUCUGAUCUCUGUGAAUUCAGAAGACAUAGAAAAACAAUCUUGUGACUCGACACAAGCACUGGUAACCUUCACAAGUGCUAGCAUAUCAUAUGACAUGCCUACCAGCAAUUCACUCAUGCCAUCGUCUUAUCAAAUGACAGAAAGCUGCAAUAUUUCAUCUGUAGCAUUUGUUCCAUGUCGCUAGUUUCAGUGGCAGUGCAGAAAAUAUGUAUGUUUACAAUUUUUUUUAACCCAAAAGUAAGUAUGGGUGUGUGUUUUCAAGCUAGAGAUUGCCUCUGAAUUACUGUUACAUGCAUCACAAAACAGAUGAUGACAAAACUUGCAGCAGGCUGAAAAUCCAGUAGUUUAGCCUUCUCAGUCAGUUUCAGAGCUGCUGGAAUGAAGAGAAAAUCUGAAAGCUGCAGCAGUUUCUGCAGUUGUAUUGGCGGUUCCCUUUCAAAGUAGCGCUACUCAGAAAAGGCAGUUGGUCAAGAGCAAAAAUGCUGUGCUGAAUUGGUAAGGUUUUUCUUCAACACAUCUUGGGUUUUUUGUUAUUUUUUCCUGUUUAAUAUAAUUUGGUCUUAAUAAUAGAUAUUCAGUGCCAAGUCUGUUUUUAUAAACAUCUGCAUAUGGCCCUCAUUCAGCAAGCUGUCUAAGUGGGAGAGUAGUCCUGUUGGAAAACCUAAAGGUUUCUGCAGAAUAUACUUCAAUUAAGCUCCAUGUUCAACAGAUAAAGUUCAUUUAAUAGUUUACCUGCUGAUGGGUUUGGUUUUUCAGAAGUUGUCUGACAUGACAAAGUAUUUUAAUUGCCAGAAAAAUCUACAGAACUAUUAUAUAUUAUAAAAGCAGUUAAUCAAAAUCCUACCAAGCACUUAAAAUGGAAUCAUAAACGGCAAGCCAUUGCUACGUGAAUAUUUUUUUCCAAAGGUUCUGCACAAUCUGGUCAUGAAUUACCAGCAUGCCAGUAGAACUACUAAUGAUAAAACUGACAGAUGAGAGACUCACAGAAUUUGAGGGUGAGAAAUACUACAUGGAGGGUCAUGAAUACAGGCAGACAGGUGUAUUGAGUACAAGUAAAUGACAUGAAAGGCACUCACACAGAAACACUGAUAUAAGGUCAUUUGUCUAGGAAUGAAACCGAUAGUCCUGCUCCAGGCAUUUCUAGAAAGCCUCUCAAGAUCAUUAGUUGAAGAUGUGGAGGUCACUGUGUCUUUUUGGCUAAUGAUAGAUAUGGGAAUACAAGGAAUGAAGGUUUUAUGAUCUGUGUUCUUAGCAGUGGUGCAAGCACUACGGGAAUAUUUCAGACAGUUUUUGUACUCAUAUGCUGUAAAGAACACUGGGGAAAUAAAACAUUUCAAUGUCAUAAAAAUAUAUUUAAAAAAAAAAAAAGCUUAAAAAAAAGCAGCUUGACCACAGUUUGUAAGUAGCUACUUCUGGAAAACAGAAAUUUGAGAGAAAGGACUAAGUCAGGAGGAGAAGAAUCUGGUAAGGUCCCAAGGAGUUGAUGCUAGGUAUGUAUACACAGCAUAAAAAUAAAGGUGUGAAUUGCUGACACUAAUGGUCACUGCCAAGUAGAACAAUUUGCCAUGGCUUGGAAUGAAAACUCACCAAGUAACUUCAAAUUGGAUACAUUGCCAAAAAAGGUUUUGGAGCAGCUAUUGGAAUUCAGGGAUGCCUGAUGGCAUUAGUUUAGGAGCUGGUUAGAUUAGAUUAACAUAGAGUACCUCUCUUGAUUGUAAUCUGUUAAUACUUUGCUGAAUCAUCAUGUGUACAUUUACACAUCGUGCAACUAGGUGAGAAGACUUCAGACCUUUUCCAAAUGUAGAGAGCUCACUUCCUUUGCCCAGAAGACAAGCAGUCUUUGACCUUGGCCAAGCCGUCAGAGGACCUUCCAAUCAUCUUUUCUUAGAGCUGGCAUAUUUUUGCUCAAGUGAGCUGAUCAUUUAUGACACGGAAAUGCACAGAUUUGUUAAAAAUAGCUCCCUGAGGAGUAACCUUUAAUAGCCCAGUAAUCACUGCGCAGUUAAUGGCCACUCAACUUCUAGGUGAAUGAGACUAAUUUUUGAACAUUACCACAGUUAGGCUAGCCCAGUAAUUAAGAUAAUCAGUUACAGAUGGUCACUGUUGUUCAUCUGUUACUGUAUAUGCAACUUUCUGGGACUCACAGGAUGGAUUUUCACAGUGAAGACUAUUGCCAACAAUGGAUAUGCUUUGGCUUUCUUGUCUACUCACACUGGCAUAUUUGCAGAUUUGCAGUUACAGAUGGCAUCAGUUGACUUUGGCCGACAUGUUCAUCCUUCAAGGGAAAAAAAAUGAACCAAUGCUGAAAUUAUGUAUGAUAAGGUCAGCAGAGUACUUAUCUGAAUCCUUUAUCUCUUGUGGGUUUUGAAGCAGUGCAGCAUACAGCUGGGGAAUGAUGCCUGAAACCACUUUGAAUUAAACAGAGGAUCAGUCAAGCAUUGCACAAUGCCUAUUAUCGUGUUUACUUAGCUUUAAUUUAACUGGGGUCUGUCUGUGCUGCACUGCUUAAUGUCAGUGAAAUUCCUUUCAGCUCGCUAUAUUUAAGAAGUUUGUAAAGUGAUUUGAGAAUCAAAGUAAUGUUAUAAUUCUAAAGACUAGUUAAAGAAAGCUUCUUUUAUCAAAACUUUUUUAGCUUGCAGAACGUCCUAAAGGCUCCGUGUCUUAUUUUUAUAAGCAUGUUUGAAAUAUUUUGAUCAAAUAUUUUAAACUUGAAAUUGUUAAAAUUCAUUUAAUAGAUUUUAAAGUAAAAUUUGUAAAUAUAGAACUGUAUUUAUUAUUACAGUGAAAUGCAACUCCACUAUAGGACGUGAGAUUAAGCCCUGUACAGUUUCGUAUUGAUAUUUGCUAUAUUUUCUGCUCAAAUAUAUUACUAAAUUCAUUAUCUGUAAAUAAUAUAAUGUAAAUGUGUAGUGA